CUUUAAGUGAAGGGGGCGGACAGCCGGUCAGCGGCAAGUCCUCACAAACAACUCGCGAAGUAUAAGAUAACGAUAACUUGGUCUGUGUGUGAGUGACAGUACGGGAAUGCGGUAAUAAUGGGGUAAACGAGACGACUAUAGCGCCCACGACACUUUCAACCGAGCGAGCACGCUGCAAACACGUGAGCGCCGACAAGACACGUGACGUUGUGGAACCAAUGAGCGCGCGGAGAGUGGGAGUGGGGCGCGGCCUGAGAGAUGUGCCUUGUGGUGUGCUCUGAGGAUCUGUGCGCAGUUGUCUGAGGGAGCCGGAUACAGAGGCGGCUUUUUCCUGGAGGCUCUGCUGUGUCUUCUCUUAUCAAUUACCAUGUUCCAAAGGCCCCUGCGCUCACCACAUUCAUUCUCACUGGCUCUGCUGUGUUUCCCUUCCCCACAGGGUCGCAGAGGCUGAAGCCAGAAUUAGUAAUUAUCCCCCGGUUUCCCUCUCACCCAAAUUCCUCUUAACAUUAUGACCCUGGUCUGGACUUGAAAUAUUCUCUUUUCAUUUCUCUGGAUUUUCCUCUUCCAUUCGUUUUUUUUUACCUUCAGUGGAAUUUUUUUAAAUUUUAAUUUUUUGUAAAAAAAAUAAUUCUUGGGGUCUGGAAAGAUGGGGGUGAAUGCUGUGCACUGGUUCCGGAAGGGCUUGAGGCUCCACGACAAUCCAGCCCUGCGGGAAUGUAUCCAAGGGGCCGACACCGUCCGAUGUGUCUAUAUCCUGGAUCCCUGGUUUGCUGGAUCUUCCAAUGUGGGAAUCAAUAGGUGGAGAUUUCUGCUGCAGUGUCUGGAAGACCUUGAUGCCAAUCUGCGGAAGUUGAACUCACGAUUGUUUGUGAUCCGCGGACAGCCUGCUGAUGUAUUUCCUCGGCUUUUCAAGGAAUGGAAAAUUUCGAAGUUGUCUAUUGAGUAUGACUCUGAGCCUUUUGGGAAAGAACGAGAUGCAGCCAUCAAGAAGCUUGCGAGUGAGGCUGGUGUGGAGGUCAUUGUACGCAUUUCACAUACCUUGUAUGACUUGGACAAGAUUAUAGAGUUAAAUGGUGGCCAGCCUCCCCUGACCUAUAAAAGAUUUCAGACUUUGAUCAGCAAAAUGGAGCCACUGGAGAUCCCGGUAGAAACCAUCACAGCAGAAGUCAUGGAAAAAUGCAGCACUCCUGUGUCCGACGAUCACGAUGACAAAUACGGGGUUCCUUCCUUGGAAGAACUAGGCUUUGAUACAGAAGGACUGCCAUCUGCUGUGUGGCCUGGAGGAGAAACAGAAGCUCUCACUCGCUUAGAAAGACACCUGGAGAGGAAGGCAUGGGUUGCAAACUUUGAAAGACCCCGGAUGAACGCAAACUCCCUUCUUGCAAGUACUACAGGUCUUAGCCCCUACCUGCGGUUUGGAUGUCUGUCUUGUCGUCUGUUCUACUUCAAACUUACCGAUUUGUAUAAAAAGGUAAAGAAAAACAGUUCACCCCCACUGUCUCUUUAUGGGCAGCUUCUGUGGCGUGAAUUUUUUUACACCGCAGCCACAAACAACCCUCGCUUUGAUAAGAUGGAAGGCAAUCCCAUAUGUGUGCAGAUCCCUUGGGAUAGAAACUCAGAGGCACUUGCUAAAUGGGCCGAGGGACGGACUGGAUUUCCGUGGAUUGAUGCGAUCAUGACCCAGCUGCGCCAGGAAGGCUGGAUUCACCAUCUGGCACGACACGCUGUAGCAUGUUUCCUCACUAGGGGAGACCUCUGGAUUAGCUGGGAAGAAGGAAUGAAGGUAUUUGAGGAGCUGCUUCUUGAUGCUGAUUGGAGCAUGAAUGCUGGAAGUUGGAUGUGGCUCUCCUGCAGUUCGUUUUUCCAGCAGUUUUUUCACUGUUAUUGCCCCGUUGGGUUUGGAAGAAGGACUGACCCCAAUGGAGAUUACAUCAGGCGUUAUCUGCCUAUUCUGAAGGGCUUUCCCCCAAAGUAUAUUUAUGACCCAUGGAAUGCUCCUGAGACGGUCCAGAAAGUAGCAAAGUGCAUCAUUGGAGUGAAUUACCCCAAACCGAUGGUGAACCAUGCUGAAGCAAGCCGCCUGAACAUUGAGAGGAUGAAACAAAUAUACCAGCAGCUGUCUCGAUACAGAGGAUUGGGUCUUCUCGCAUCAGUGCCUUCGAAUCCAAAUGGAAAUGGUGGGUUGAUGAGUUAUUCUCCAGGAGAGGGAAUGCCUGGUAGCAGCAACAACAAUGGAGGCUACUGGCAAGGGAGCAGCAUUCUGCAUCACAGCGACAAGCAGCAGUCUUACUUAAUGCAAGCCAGGAACCCGCUCCAUUCUGCGGUAUCCUCGGGCAAGCGACCGAAUCCAGAAGAAGAGACUCAGAGUGUUGGACCGAAAGUCCAGCGGCAAAGCAGCCAUUAAAAUGAUUUCUGGAAUUACCCCGUAAGCAGAAUAGAGAAUAUUUCAUCGCCGUCCUGGUUCCAGCUGCAAAUUGUAAUUGUACAAUUAAGGAAACGCACUUUUUUGCCCUGUCGUUAUCUCAUCUGCCUAUGAGAGCGUCAUUUAUCUCUGCGUUUCUAUGGUUUCUAUCAGUAAGCAGUUUUGUACAUACGACUAAUUAUUUUGUGAUGCUUGCUUACAGACAGUGUAAAUAUGAAUAUCCAUGAACUACUUAUAGGCUCCACGAUAUAUUUUUAUAACAAAUUAUUUAUGGAGCCCGAAUAUGAUAUGCCUGUAAAUAUACCUUUUUUUUUCAUCUAAAUACUAAUGAGACCUGUUCAUUAAAGCUCCAUAAGUGUCA